AACCAAAAACCAUUAAACCGCAGCCACGAUGAAUACCUUCCAACCGCCGCCGCAGAUGCGGGAUUUCGCCGGAGGAUUCAGUUACGGGAUCGGAGUCUCCAUCGGAGUGCUUCUCCUCAUCACAACCAUCAUACUCACCUCUUACUUCUGCACACGUAGCCAGAGCUCUUCAUCACCUUCAGAAACCAGUCAAGAUUUGACUCGUGUACAUCACCACCACCAUGUCAUCAUUGACGUUGUCCCAGGUCUGGACGAGGACACCAUUCAGAGCUACCCGAAGAUCCUAUACUCGGAAGUGAAGGGAAACUCCAUGUCGUCAUGUUGUCACAUAUGCUUAGGAGACUUCGAAGGGAAUCAUAUGCUGCGGCAACUACCCGAUUGUAACCACUUCUUCCACCUCAAAUGUGUCGACACGUGGCUUAGACAAAAUCCUACGUGUCCUGUCUGCCGGACUUCGCCGCUUCCUACUCCCCUAGCUGAGGUUGUCUCCUUAGCCUCUUCUGUCGCCACCAUCAGGAUGUCCUGAUAAAUUGUUUGUAUAACCUCAAGAAUCCUGAACCGAAGUCAAUAGUAGUGUUCAUGAUAUUUAUCUUCUUCAGUUCCUCUUUAGUUCCAUAUAAAGCUUUCAUUUUCGGUCACUAACUGAUGAUUGUAUAUAUUAUUUGAAAUCUGUAAAGGAAGAAAGUUAAGGGUAAAUUUCACAAUAAGUGCUAUGACUUUUGCUUUUGUUAGAAGUUGAAUUAUGCAAUU